AUGCCGAAGUUGCAGAUCAUAGAGUUCAUGGCAAAGAUGCUGAGAAAGGUGUUGAAAAAAUCGGCAGUGCUUAUUUUUCUGGUGGCAGAAAGUGAGGCAGCGAUGGUGGAGAGGCUGAUAGAUCAAAAGACGGAUACAGUGGACUUGCUACUUGUGAGGAUAGCGACAGCAAAGAAGGAGGUGAAAUACGUGAAGAAUUUUGAUUAUUGUGUGGUGAAUGCGCACGAGAAGCUUGAGAAUGUGGUGAAGCUUAUAGAGUCUAUUAUUAAUGCUAAGAAAGCUAGGGUUAUACAGAGGAGUGCUAUCAUAUAG